UUUUUCUCCUUUUUAAUUUUUGAUGAAGAAGUUAACAAAACUUCCUAGGAGACUUGCAUACCAAUACGAAUCAUGGAGAAUUUCAGACGUAGCAGUGUAUUUUGAGAACUUGAUUGGGGAUUGGAAGAGAAAUAGCGUGAAAGGGAAUUACGAAACUCUGGACUGAAAUCACAGCAAGCAAUGGGCAACGCUCAGUCACCUCCCAAAAAUGAUCCUCGAUAUGUUUCUGCAGCAAGAGCUUUUACUCAAAAGGAACUUGAAGACUUAAGGUCUCUGUUCAAUCAUCUGGCAGCACAAUCCCAGACCAACGCCAAACACAUCUCUCCCUCCGUUUUUCAGUCAUAUUUUAGACUCCAUGGCCCUCUUGGGGAGAGGAUGUUUGAUUUGGUUACUCAAGAGCGCAAGGACCAGAGGUUAACCUUUGAAGACCUCGUUGUUGCUAAAGCUACUUAUGAGAAAGGAACAAAAGAUGAAAUUGAAGAAUUCAUCUUUCGCUUAUUAGAUGUAUCUGGAGAUAAUUUUGUAGGGAGAUCUGAUUUGGAAACUGUUAUGAUUUCCAUUUUUAAUGAUAUAUUAUGCAUAAAAGGAUCUGAGGAUAGAUCAAGUUCACAUCAGGACAUUGUCAACAUAUUUCUGAAUGCUGCAAAAUUCUCCAUGCACGAUGGAGGAGGCACUGAGGAGACUAUGUCUUUUGAAGAUUUCAAAAGCUGGUGUACUCAUCUUCCAUCUGUUAAGAAGCUUCUUGGAAGCCUGCUUUUGCCACCUGAUUCAGGACGACCUGGUUCUCAAAUUCCUAACUUACUGACCUCAAAAGCUAUUGAUUCUAACAUUAUACUUUUGAGAAAAGAAUAUGCUUGGCAUAUUGGAGGCGCUCUUUCUCAGCAUGACGUGGAAGAUUGGAAGCUUUUGUAUCAUAGCUCUGUUAAUGGUCUUAGUUUUAAUACAUUCUUGGGCAACAUUUCAAAUCAUGCAGGCCCAACCGUGUUAAUUAUUAAGGAUAAAGAAGGUUAUAUAUAUGGAGGGUAUGGUUCUCAACCGUGGGAGAGGCAUGCUGAUUUUUAUGGAGACAUGAAAUGUUACCUUUUUCAACUAAAUCCAGUGGCAUCUAUAUUCAGGCCGACUGGAGCAAACAAUAACCUACAAUGGUGCGCUAUCAACUUCAGUUCAGAGGACAUUCCAAAUGGCAUUGGUUUUGGGGGGAGAGUCAAUCACUUCGGUUUGUUUCUCUCAGCAAACUUCGAUCAAGGACACACGUUUUCAUGUUCUACGUUUGGUAGCCCUUGCCUCUCCAAGGCUAACCGUAUAUUGCCAGAUGUAAUAGAAUGCUGGGGAGUGACACAAGAUGCGGCACAAGACAAGAAUGAUGCGGUCAAGGGCACUGUUCUGGAGAGGUUCAAGGAAGAUCGCAAUAUGCUCAAAAUGGUUGGGCUAGCAAAUUCCAGCGAGUAAAGUAUUGCAUGCGUUUGAUAUAGUUCCUCUCCUUUGGUGUAAUGCAGUUUUAAUCAUUGUUCAUAUGCCAUGAGAAAAACAACUUUAUGGAGCGGUAAUCUUUGUUAAUUAACAUAUUGUGAUAUUUUUUUUUAUAAUUCUUUUUUGGUUACCUUGUGCAUAAUUAAACAUACAACGGUGCUGUACCCACGGUAGAUUUAUCUCUAUUCCAUCACCCUCUUUAUGCUAUUAAAGAGGAGUCAUAA